UUAUUAUUCUGUCUGAUGGAACAAUGCAGAAUAUUGAGGUUUACCCAGUUCUUUUGUAUUACUGUAGCUCAAGAAAUUAAAGUGAAGGAAUCAUGCUGCACUCAAGUCUCCAGAGCCAAGCUGACCGAUCCCAUCCUCAAUAUCAGGCUGCAACAUGAAAGUCUUCCAUGUGUGAGGGCCGUCAUCUUUGAAACAGAGCGGGGAGAAUUCUGCAUUGACCCAAGACAACGAUGGGUCAAGGAGAAAGUUAAGCAGUUUUUCAGAUCUCAAAGAAACAAACCCUGACUUCCACAGCAGCCCCAACAUCAUCUAUUAGUGACCAAACUCAUGUGGGAGGAGCUACACAAGAAACUGACAGCUCAUCAGUCACAAAUGUCUUAAAAUAAGCUAAUAAUGUAAUAAAUUACUUAGGCCUUUUAGAACUACAAAGUUUAAGAGAUUUUUCUGUAAUAUUUGUGAACUUUUUUGAGUAUUAAAAAAAUUAUAUGUUGUCAAAUACAAUUAAGACUCUUUGACAUUGAUAGUUCUUAAUCAGAAACUGAAUUACAGUAAAAUUGUUUUGUAACAAUUGUGGUUUAAAUAUUUCACAUUGAAAUAUAUUUCACUUAAUGUACUAGUAAUAGACUUGUGUCAUUAACUCAUGUGUCGAGAAGGCUGACGCAAGUCUGAGUGAAUUUUAGACUGAUUUGAAUGAGAACAGAGCUGGAUUUUACUUUCUUCUUUUUCUUUUUCUUUUUUGAUGAAGUAAAUUAACAACUGUAAUCUGAAACUAUA